AUGUUUUUCCAGCUGACCACCAUCCGCUAUUGGUUUGCGCGUCAAGACGAACAAAAAGUAAUUAUUCCUGUAUUUCGUGCGACUGUUUUCAUCCAAGUCUAUUCAAUACGUUUUUACAGAUAUGGGUAUCCACUCAGAUCAUCAAGUGUAUCUUGCGAUCGACAUUCAAGAUUUGCCAAACUGGCCGAAUCAGGCCCGCUGUUAGCGAUAACAAAUUGGGCGUGUCGAGGAUGGAAAAUAAUUUUUACCGGGCAUUCCCGUGGCGGUGCUAUCAGUCAGUUGUUAACCACACAAGUCAUUAGUAAACUCGUUGAACUGGCCGGUUACCUGAGAUGGUCUCAUUGCGCUGCAUCACCUUUGGAACACCUCGAUGCCGAUCAUCAUUUCUGGAGCAGUUAUACAGAAUGGUAUAACGUGUACGACGCCUAUAUUUACGGACAUGUUAUCAUUUUCCGUUUGGCCACUUUCGGAGUGAAUGUUAUAAAAGAGGUGAUUCUUGCAUUUAGGGGACAUCUUCAAAAACUUGAAAUAAGAUUAUGCGCUGAAGUGAUUGGCUACAGAAACGAAGAUCUAGAAAGUAUUCUUGUUAAAGCUAGUGAUGAAAUUCAUAAUAUCAGCCACGAUUUACUCAUUCCUAUCUACUUGAUAUUCGGUUGUCAUCAUUUUAUUCGUAAAGAUGAAAAAAGUGAACUUAUAAUUGAUUCUUUUCAAUGUUAA